AUGGUUAUCAAAACACUUGUUUUUCUUUAUAUUUCUACUAUAAGAACUAGAUUGAGUGGGAAGGUUCAAACAAAGGGUUAAAAAGUGUUCCUCCACACCUCCUCUUGGUGUCGCUCGGGGACCAGCAGGGCUGCCCAGUGCUGAUCUUAGCAACCACACACACAUGACAUGUUUGGACUUGUCUGCUGACAGAGGCCAGUGGGCUGAACUUCCUCAGCCUGCAGGGCAGCAGCAGGUCGUCUUCUCUGAACCAUGCUGCACUCUGCACUGACUGCUCCCAGCCACAAACACACACAGAGAAGACCCUCCUUCUGACUCCUGGACCCUCACCGUGACCUGUGAAUGAAGGAGGACAUGAGGAGAGACCAGUGUGGAUUAUAGGUCUGAAAACUCUGGCUGCUGACUCCGCUUCAUCCGUCUCUCGCCCUGUGAGAGUGUGAGGGUCACCAUGGCAACCGAGCCUCGGGGCAACCCACAAUGGUUUGGCCCCAGUGAUCACCUGAUGUCUAUGUUUAGGACCUGCUCCAGAGAUCCAGCCAAGGAAGUCCAAGCGAGACUGAGGCGCAUGCUGCACACGUUUCUGCUCCAGCAGGGGGACCGUUCAGAGCUGGCAGCGAGGUGCUGCCACCAGGCAGAGUUCUGGUAUUACAGGAUCCUGGAGAACCUGGUCAGGCAGGAGAGGAGAAGACUGGGCGUCAGCGACGUGUCUGGCAUCUUUGAGGCGGAUCUUGCGCAGCGCUGCCUGGUGGCCUGUUGUCUGCAGAUUUCCAUUUUCUCAAACCAUCUACCAUGUGAUCUGCCCCAGCUCCUUCAGAUCCUACAGAUGAAGUCACACCACUUCUGGAGGGUGAUUGAGCUGGUGCUGCGGGCUGAAGCAGGGCUGCCUCAUGCUGUCAUCAGACACCUCUCCCAGGUGGAGGAGAACAUUCUGGAGAGCUUGGCCUGGACCAGGAACUCACCGCUGUGGGAAGAAAUCCGAGCCAACGGGGGCCAGCUGCUUACCUGCCAACAGGUGAUGCAUCCUGCACAGCUUGAAGAUCCAAAGAGAACAGAGCUACAGCCUGACACAAAACCAGCAGCUGUGACCAGGCCUCAGAGAAGCAGCUCCCUCCAUCUGUUUGCUCGUAAGGUGUACAGUUUGAUGAGCAGGCGUCUGAGGGAGCUGUGUUCCAUCCUGGACGUUCCUGACGAGCUGCGGCUGAAGAUCUGGACGUGCUUCGAGUAUUCUCUGGUCCACUGCUCCCACCUCAUGGUCGACUGUCACCUGGACCAAUCGCUCAUGUGUGCUAUCUACAUCAUAGCUAAGAUCACCAAGGGGGAGAUACCCUUCAAACACAUAAUGAGGUGCUACAAGUCACAGCCAAACGCCAGGAAAAGUGUCUGUAGCAAUGUGUUGAUUUCAGGACGUGACAUGGACAACCCUCCCAACACCACAGGAAAACAAGAGGAUCAUGGCAUAAUGGUGACUCCUAACACGCCAUCGACACAUUAUCCAGGAGCCUCUCGGGAGCGGAGGGGCAAUCUUAUCGACUUUUACAACCAGGUCUACACGACCAGCAUGCAGCACUUUGCUGAGCAGUUUGCCCCGACCUCUGGGGGUGACACUCCUCCUCUGUCUCCAUAUCCUCACCCGUGGAAAGCAUCUCCUCGCAGACACCAGGUGCUCAGCAGCCCCUCCGUCUACAUUUCACCAUACAACCCUGAAAUCCCCUCCGCUCGUACAACCGGCCUGUGCUACUACUUCAACGCUAGUCCCCCUCAGUGUCUGCGUGAGAUCAACAACAUGAUCAAGACGGGCAGGUCACCCACCAGGCGGCGCUAUCCGACGAAGCUGGAGGAGGAGGAGGAGGAGGAGGAAGGAGACCAGAGCCCUUUGGCAAAAAGGCUCUGUUUGGAUGGUCAGUCAGCCUGGCAGAGGAGACUGAGGAGUGUGGUGAACGCUCGUGUCGCGAGAGGGACGCAGGGCCGACCUUCUCUGGUUACAAAGCCAAAACUGCACUAGAGGGAAGAGGAGCACAGCACCACGCCCUCUGAAACUGUAGCUACAUUGUCAGGUGUCAGAGGGAAAGCACAGAGCACAUAUUGUCUUCCGAUAUGUUAAGAAAACCAAUGCGCCAAGUUUGGAAGCUCAUAGAGUUGGUUUCUCUGCACUAUUUUUGAAACCAAUAUUGCUGGCUAUUGUUGCUAUCAGACAUGCACUCAUAUAAUCUCCUGAAAUGAUCCGUAUGUGAGAACGCAAAUGUCCAAGUGAGAGGCUCCAGACUUUCUCUGCAAGUUCUCCUACUAGGCCACAAAUAAUAACAACUCAGGAGAAUGUACGAAUGAGCCCAUGUGAGAAACAACUGCAGGAGAUCCAAUGGAGGAUUCGUCGUGAGUGAGUGGCCACAUUGAUGAUAUUUCUUAAACACGCUGGAUCCAAAUUCUGCCAAAAAACUAUAGGAUAAUGCAAAUAUCUCAGGAUCAAGUGUUGCCAAACACGUAGAAGACACUGAUGAAGGUGUCAAGGUACUUUUGGUGAUAAGAGCCGAUGUGGAUGUGCUGUAAACAAACACACAUGAUCUCCUGCCUCUGUUCCGACCCCAUUGAGCAGCGGACAUUCUCAUUCUCAUCCUCCUUCAUUCAGCCCCUUCAUCCUCCUUCCCUCAUUCCUUCAUCCUCCUCCCCUCACCCCUUUCCUAAUCUCUUCAUUACCCACAUCCCUUCAUCCAUACCCUCAAACCUCUAUAUUCCUCCACUCAUCCCUUCUUCCACUCUCCCUCACCCCAGUCACCAGUGCACCCUCCAACACCAGCCAAUCAGACACAUCUUCACCUCCAUCCGUUCACUCAACAUCUGCUAAUUUCUCCUCAGCAUCCAACAUAUCAAAUUUCCUUUCAAACAUUUGAAUCACAUAUUGUUGGGAAGCGGUCCUCGAUAGUGAAACCUUAGAUAAGUUCUUGAAAAGUGAUUAUAUAAACACAUUUAUUUGAGAAGAUGACUUGUCUUAUUCUCUAAGAAGUGUGAAGUAUUUUUAUCUCAUUAAAAUGAUCGUACAAACGUUUCAAAAAAAGUCUGUUUGGAUUCUCUUGUAUUCCACUUUUUAUAAAACCUAAUAUUGGGGGAACUGGUUUAAACUCA